UGGCUCUUGGUCUCCAGAGCCUGGGCUCAGCAUUUGUGACCCACAGGCUUAGUUGCUCCUCGGUAGGUGGAAUCUUCCCGGAUCAGGGCUAGAACCGUGUCCUCUGCAUCGGUAGGCAGAUUCUUAACCACUGGACCACCAGGGAAGUCUAAUCAUACUGCUUUUAAUAAACAUUUUUUAAAAAGGAAUUUUAGUUUUAGAUUUAUAGGAAAAAUAUUGAAGAGAGAGAGGAUUCCUAUAUACCCCACUUUCAAUCCCUACCCCUUUAACCUCUUACUUAGUAUGGUAGGUGUUACAAUUAAUGACUGACAUUGAUACAUUAUUAUUAACUGACAUUGAUACAUUAUUAUUAACUGAAGUCCGGGCUUUAUUCAGAUUGUUCAGUUUUCAUCUAAGGUUCUUCUGUUUCAGGAUCACAUCCAGGAUAGCAAGUUACAUUUAGUCAUCAUGUCUCCUUAGGCCCUCUUGAUUGUGACAGGUUCUUAGACUUAUCUUUUUUUUUUUUUUUUAGACUUUCCUUAUCUUAGAUUUCCUAAAUCUCAGUUUCCUCCUUACUUCUCCCUUAGUCAAGCAGUUGGCUGUGCCAGGAGAUUCUGAGAGAACUGUCAGAUUUUAGGGUGAAGGGGUGGAUGAGGUGUGUUCAAAUGACAGAGACUCAGUGUCGCUUUGGAAUAUAGUUGUGGAAAGGAGAAGAAUUCUGGUAAAUCCGGGGGUUUCGGAGGGAAAAAAAAGCCAGGAAAGAGAAAACCUAUGGAUGAAUAUAUGCCACACCCCUAUUGUGCCUACUAACUAGCGGGCAAUGAAAGGGUGUCAGGAUUUGAUUUAAGUGCUCGGUCAACAAUGACGUUACUAGAAGAAACUUGAUUGCAGUAGGCCUUUUGAGAGCCUUUCCCACUAAGCCUCCUGAGUUUCCGAGAUCCUCAGCUCCUACUCGUCUUUCCCUCAAGGAGAGAAACAAUGCGGGCUGACUAGCUUCUCGCAGCUUCCGCGCUAGCUGAGUCCAAGGGACUGCAAUUCCCAGAAGACAUCGUGGUAUGAGCGGUGUCUCGCUGCCUUCCUAUUGGUUCAUGUUUGUUACUGUCAGCCAAUAGAGAGCUAGCUCUUUUAUAAGUGCCAAAAUGGCGACACCUAGGAUCUAGAACUAGAUUGUCCGAAUCCCUUUCCCUUUCUCUAGCUUGAUUUCUCCAACCUCAAGGCUGACCGCUACCGGCCCGGUCUCCUCAGAGUGAAAUCAUGAAGGUGGUGAACCUGAAGCAAGCCAUUUUGCAAGCUUGGAAGGAGCGAUGGAGUGACUACCAGUGGGCAGUCAACAUGAAGAAAUUCUUUCCCAAAGGAGCCACCUGGGACAUUCUCAACCUAGCAGAAGCACUAUUGGAGCAGGCCAUGAUUGGACCUUCCCCCAAUCCUCUCAUCCUGUCUUACCUGAAGUAUGCCAUUAGUUCCCAGAUGGUGUCCUACUCCUCCGUUCUCACAGCUAUCAGCAAGUUUGAUGACUUUUCCCGGGACCUGUGUGUUCAGGCUUUGCUGGAUAUCAUGGACAUGUUUUGUGACCGACUGAGCUGUCAUGGCAAAGCGGAGGAGUGCAUCGGGCUGUGCCGGGCCCUGCUCAGCGCCCUCCACUGGCUGCUGCGCUGUACUGCAGCCUCUGCAGAGCGGCUCCGGGAGGGGCUGGAGGCUGGCACCCCAGCAGCCGGAGAGAAGCAGCUUGCUAUGUGCCUGCAACGCCUGGAGAAGACUCUCAGCAGCACCAAGAACCGGGCCCUGCUCCAUAUCGCCAAACUGGAGGAGGCCUCAUUGCAUACAUCCCAGGGACUUGGGCAGGGUGGCACCCGAGCCAAUCAACCAACAGCCUCCUGGACGGCCAUCGAGCAUUGUCUCUUGAAGCUUGGAGAGAUCCUGGCCAAUCUCAGCAACCCCCAGCUCCGGAGCCAGGCUGAGCAGUGUGGCACGCUCAUUAGGAGCAUCCCCACCAUGCUGUCCAUGCACUCUGAGCAGCUGCACAAGACUGGCUUCCCUACAGUCCACGCAGUGGUCCUGCUCGAGGGCACCAUGAACCUGACCGGCGAGACGCAGCCCCUGGUGGAGCAGCUGAUGAUGGUGAAACGCAUGCAGCAUAUCCCCACCCCGCUCUUUGUUCUGGAGAUCUGGAAAGCCUGCUUUGUGGGGCUCAUCGAGUCUCCUGAGGGCACAGGGGAGCUCAAGUGGACAGCUUUCACCUUCCUCAAGAUUCCACAGGUUUUGGUGAAGUUGAAGAAAUACUCCCAUGGGGACAAGGACUUUACUGAGGAUGUCAAUACAGCUUUCGAGUUCCUGCUGAAGCUCACACCGUUGCUGGACAAAGCUGACCAGCGCUGCAACUGUGACUGUACAAAUUUCCUACUGCAAGAAUGUAGCAAGCAGGGGCUUCUGUCUGAGGCCAGUAUGAACAACCUAAUGGCCAAGCGCAAAGCAGAUCGGGAGCAUGCCCCUCAGCUGAAGUCAGAUGAAAAUGCCAACAUCCAGCCCAACCCUGGACUGAUCCUCCGCGCGGAGCCUACAGUCACCAACAUCCUGAAAACGAUGGAUGCAGACCACUCCAAAUCCCCGGAGGGGCUGCUGGGCGUCCUGGGCCACAUGCUGUCCGGGAAGAGCCUGGACUUGCUGCUGGCUGCUGCUGCUGCCACUGGGAAGCUGAAGUCUUUCGCCCGGAAAUUCAUCAAUUUGAAUGAAUUCACGACACACCGCAGCGAAGAGAGCACCAAGGCGGCCUCGGUUCGAGCCUUGCUGUUUGACAUCUCCUUCCUCAUGCUGUGCCACGUGGCCCAGACCUAUGGCUCAGAGGUGAUCCUGUCUGAGUCCAGCGCAGGCGGAGAGGUGUUCUUCUUUGAGACCUGGAUGCAGACGUGCAUGCCCGAGGAGGGCAAAAUCCUGAACCCAGAUCACCCUUGCUUCCGGCCCGACUCCACCAAGGUGGAGUCCCUGGUUGCUCUGCUCAACAACUCCUCGGAGAUAAAGCUGGUGCAGAUGAAGUGGCACGAAGCCUGUCUCAACAUUUCGGCGGCCAUCCUGGAAAUCCUCAACGCCUGGGAGAAUGGGGUGCUAGCCUUUGAGUCCAUCCAGAAAAUCACGGAUAAUAUCAAGGGGAAGGUAUGCAGUCUGGCAGUGUGCGCCGUGGCUUGGCUCGUGGCCCACGUGCGGAUGCUGGGACUGGACGAGCGUGAGAAGUCGCUGCAGAUGAUCCGCCAGCUGGCAGGGCCACUGUACAGCGAGAACACCCUGCAGUUCUACAAUGAGAGGGUGGUGAUCAUGAGCUCCAUCCUGGAGCACAUGUGUGCGGACGUGCUGCAGCAGACUGCCACGCAGAUUAAGUUCCCCUCCACGGGCAUGGACACCAUGCCCUACUGGAACCUGCUGCCCCCCAAGCGGCCCAUCAAGGAGGUGCUGACGGACAUAUUUGCUAAGGUGCUGGAGAAGGGAUGGGUGGACAGCCGCUCCAUCCACAUCUUUGACACCCUGCUGCACAUGGGCGGUGUCUACUGGUUCUGCAACAACCUGAUUAAGGAGCUGCUGAAGGAGACGCGGAAGGAGUACACGCUGCGUGCGGUGGAGCUGCUCUACUCCAUCUUCUGUCUGGACAUGCAGCAGGCGGCCCUGGUCCUGCUGGGCCACAUCCUGCCGGGCCUGCUCACCGACUCCUCCAAGUGGCACAGCCUCAUGGACCCCCCUGGCACCGCUCUCGCCAAGCUGGCCGUCUGGUGUGCCCUGAGUUCCUACUCCUCCCACAAGGGGCAGGCGUCCUCCCGCCAAAAGAAGAGACACCGGGAAGACAUCGAGGAUUACAUCAGCCUCUUCCCCUUGGACGACAUGCAGCCCUCGAAGCUGAUGCGCCUGCUGAGCUCCAAUGAGGAAGAUGCAAAUAUCCUUUCAAGUCCCAGAGGCCGUUUCCUCUAUGCUCCCGCAUUUGUCCCAACAGCCGACCGGUCCAUGAGCAGCUCCCUGUCGGCCUCCCAGCUCCACACGGUCAACAUGAGAGAUCCGCUGAACCGAGUCCUGGCCAACCUGUUCCUGCUUAUUUCCUCCAUCCUGGGCUCUCGAACCGCCGGCCCCCACACGCAGUUUGUUCAGUGGUUCAUGGAGGAGUGCGUGGACUGCCUGGAGCAGGGCAGCCGCGGCAGCAUCCUGCAGUUCAUGCCCUUUACCACCGUAUCGGAACUGGUGAAGGUGUCGGCCAUGUCUAGCCCCAAGGUGGUUCUGGCCAUCACGGACCUCAGCCUGCCCCUGGGCCGCCAGGUGGCCGCCAAAGCCAUCGCCGCCCUCUGAGGGGCUUGGAGUGGCCACGGGGGCUGGCGGGAGGGUUCCCUCCCCGUGCGCCUCAGAAGGGAACGUGCAGCGCGAUGAGCCAUCGUUGCUCACAUCCACAUGAUGUAACCUCCCUUGGUCAGUUUCCAGAUCUUUCCCCCUGCUCCUGACUUCUGACCUCUAAGACGGCUCCCAGUUUCUUUCAUAAUUUCCUCUCCCCACUGCCAGUACCUUAUGUUCAUGAGCAGCCUGGUUCCUUAACUCAGAGCAGGCUCACUUCAACAACCCCCACCUCACCCCCACCACCUGCUCGUCCUCCUUCCAGGAGUGGAUUUACCUCCGAGGAACUUCACGGGUGUCGGGGGUGUGUGUGUGUGUAUAUAUAUAAAUAUGUAUGUAUGUUUUUUUUACACGAGGUGUGUUUACCUCCUCUCAGUUGUAAAUAAAGGCCUCAUGGAUCCCUUUAGAACCA